UAAGAGUUUCUUUAUAACCUCACUCUCUUACAAGAUAAAGUGCAGUAAAAAAAAAAAAAAAAGAGGCUUCUUGGCAAUUGUUUUUGCGGAUCUCACACACACUUGACAUCUGCCCAUGUCUUCUUCGCCUGCAGAAUUUCACUACGAAAGUUAAAGUUGAACACGUUAAUACAGGUGUCAAACUCUUGUAACAGUCUCAAGCCUGUUAAUGAUUCAUUUUCAUGGGUGUAAUACUCAUCCCUGCCUCCAGAGGGUGAUAAACAGCGAGUAUUUCACAGAGUUGUGUAGAAAUGUGAGACAGAAGAAGAGUGAAGACGCAAGUAUUGUUGUUAUCUGCUCCUCCAAAUAACACAGCAAUUGUGAUUAACCCCUGCAGUGAAACCACCUCCUCAGCAAUUCAACAACACGUGGUGAUUAUUUUCAUCAUCCUACAAUUGAAGACGAAAAAAAAAAAAAACUCAAAGUUUUACCAUUGAACUCUACUGGCAUACUAUUGAAAAAAUGAAUUUUGUUAAAGAGGAGAGUGAAGACAUCAGUAUUACAGAACCAUGCAAAAUGAAAAAUGAAGAUACUGAGGAACAAAGAGACUUGAUAGAAGUGAAAGAGGAGAGUCAAGAACUGACGGAUGGGGAAGAGAAAAUUCAUGAUCAUACAUUUGAUAAUUUCAUCACUGUUGAAGAAUCUUUCAGUGGCUCGAAGACUGAAAUUAAUUUCUCAUACAAAAGAACUCAAAGAACAAGACCCAACAAUUCUUUCACCUGCCCUCACUGUGGAAAGAGAUUCACACAAAAAAGAAACCUUAAUGCUCACUUAAAACUUCACACCGGAGAGGAGCCUUUCACAUGCCUUCAGUGUGGAAAGAGUAUUGCAAAUAUAAGAAAUCUUCAGCAUCACAUGAGAAUUCACACUGAAGAGAAGCCUUUCACCUGCUCUCAGUGUGGCAAGAGUUUCAUAGAGAAAAUAAACUUUAACACUCACUUAAAACUUCACACUGGAGAGAAGCCUUUCACCUGCCUUCAGUGUGGAAAGAGUUUUGCACAUAAAAGAAAUGUUCACCGUCACAUGAGAAUUCACACUGGAGAGAAGCCUUUCACUUGUCUUCAGUGUGGAAAGAGUUUUGCACAUAAAAUAACUCUUCACCAUCACAUGAGAAUUCACACAGGAGAGAAGCCUUUCACCUGCCUUCAGUGUGGAAACUGUUUUGCACAUAAAAGAAAUCUUGACCGUCACAUGAGAAUUCACACUGGAGAGAAGCCUUUCACAUGCCUUCAGUGUGGAAAGAGUUUUGCAAAUAUAAGAAAUCUUCAGUAUCACAUGAGAAUUCACACUGGAGAGAAGCCUUUCACAUGCCUUCAAUGUGGAAAGAGUUUUUCAAAUAAAAAAUAUCUUCACUGUCACAUGAGAAUUCACACCGGAGAGAAGCCUUUCACCUGCCUUCAGUGUGGAAAGAGUUUUGCACAUAAAAGAAAUCUUCAGUGUCACAUGAGAAUUCACACCGAAGAGAAGCCUUACACCUGCGUUCAGUGUGGAAAGAGUUUUGCAUAUAAAGGAGAUCUUCAGUAUCACAUGAGAAUUCACACUGGAGAGAAGCCUUUCACCUGCUGUCAGUGUGGAAAGAGUUUUGCACAUAAAAGAAAUCUUCACCGUCACAUGAGAAUUCACACCGGAGAGAAGCCUUUCACCUGCUCUCAGUGUGGCAAGAGUUUCAGAGUGAAAGGACAUCUUCAGUGUCACUUGAGAAUUCACACUGGAGAGAAGCCUUUCACCUGCUCUCAGUGUGGAAAGAGUUUCACACAAGCAAGCCAUCUAACACUUCAUCUGCGACUUCACACUGGAGAGAAGCCUUUCACCUGCAUUCAGUGUGGAAAGAGUUUUGCACAUAAAAGAAAUCUUCAUUGUCAUCUGAGAAUUCACACUGGAGAGAAGCCUUUCACCUGCCUUCAGUGUGGAAAGAGUUUUGUGCAUAAAAGAAAUCUUCACCGUCACUUAAGAAUUCACACUGGAGAGGAGCCUUUCAAAUGCCUUUGGUGUGGAAAGAGUAUUGCAAAUAUAAGAAAUCUUCAGCAUCACUUAAAACUUCACACUGGAGAGAAGCCUUUCACCUGCCUUCAGUGUGGAAAGAGUUUUGCACAUAAAAGAAAUGUUCACCGUCACAUGAGAAUUCACACUGGAGAGAAGCCUUUCGCCUGCCUUCAGUGUGGAAAGAGUUUUGCACAUAAAAUAAAUCUUCACCUUCACAUGAGAAUUCACACUGGAGAGAAGCCUUUCGCCUGCCUUCAGUGUGGAAAGAGUUUUGCACAUAAAAGAAAUCUUCACUGUCACAUGAUAAUUCACACUGGAGAGAAGCAUUUCACCUGCCAUCAGUGUGGAAACAGUUUUGCACAUAAAAGAAAUCUUGACCGUCACAUGAGAAUUCACACGGGAGAGAAGCCUUUCACCUGCUCUCAGUGUGGAAAGAGUUUUGCAAAUAUAAGAAAUCUUCAGUAUCACAUGAGAAUUCACACUGGAGAGAAGCCUUUCACCUGCUCUCAGUGUGGCAAGAGUUUCACAGAGAAAAUAAUCUUUAACACUCACUUAAAACUUCACACUGUAGAGAAGCCUUUCAGCUGCCUCCAGUGUGAAAAGAAUUUUGCACAUAAAAGAAAUCUUGACCGUCACAUGAGAAUUCACACAGGAGAGAAGCCUUUCACCUGCCUUCAGUGUGGAAGGAGUUUUGCACAUAAAGGAGAUCUUCAGCAUCACAUGAGAAUUCACACCGGAGAGAAACCUUUCACAUGCCUUCAGUGUGGAAAGAGAUUUGCAAAUAAAAGAAAUCUUCAGUAUCACAUGAGAAUUCACACCGGAGAGAAGCCUUUCACCUGCUCUCAGUGUGGCAAGAGUUUCAGAGUGAAAGGACAUCUUCAGUGUCACAUGAGAAUUCACACCGGAGAGAAGCCUUUCACCUGCUCUCAGUGUGGAAAGAGUUUCACACAAGCAAGCCAUCUAACACUUCAUCUGCGCUCUCACUCUGGAUUUAAGCCAUUUAACUGAUUAGUGUGGCAAAACAUUUUAGGGUGCAUCACAACUAAAGCUACACAUGACAAGUCACAUAAAUGAGAAACCUCACGUGUGUUCUUUUUGUGGAAAGAGAUUCAUUACAUUAUCAAUCCUGAAAUCACAUGAGAGAGCACAUACUGAAGAGAAGCCAUACCACUGUACUUCAUGUGGGAAGAGUUUCAGCCAUUUAAGUAAUCUACACAAUCAUCUAAUAAAGCAUUGUCCAAAGUUUUCAAAAUGAACAAAGUUAAUUCCAGAGACAACACUUCUUGUGUUGUAACUAAAGCUUUCAAAAUAUAUACAUUUGAUUAUUGAAAAUGUUUACCAUGUUAAUUUUCUUAUUCAUGAUGUUACCAAGUUGCCAAGUUGUCAGGAGUUACACAUUUUCACAGAUACUGACAUUUCAUUCUGCUCUGUGUGAGUUUUAAACACUGGUUGGAGUAGGGCAAAACCUUUGCGAUGUGUCCGGUGGAGACAUUACCCUGAUGUACACACCACAAACAAAUACAACAG